GUUGAAAUGUUGUCCUUCACCCACUGACGUGCUUUGUAAACUUUUAACAGUGUAGUAAAGUCAAAGGAUUUGUGUAUGGGAAUCACAAACACAACAGCACGUUCGUUCAGCUGUAUCUGUCAGUUCACCAGCGCUUGAAUGCCGCCGAUCCUUGAAUGUGGAGGUGGAGAUGCUGGAGAAGACAGCGUCCCACUCGCUACAAGGAGAGCCCGAUCACGUGUCCAUGUCCGUGAUCUGAUUGGAUACAUCGCCAUGACGUUGAUAGCAGUGUGAUGUCAUUCACUGGCUCUCAUUUUGGAAGGGAUUCAGUCGCCAUCGCAGAUACACCAACAGCUUCGCACUGGGAAGCGGCCGUUCACCUGCUCCGUGUGUGUGAAGAGACUCAUUCAGUUAACCCACCUUGUGAUGCUCCGCUGCUUUCUGCGUUAAAAGAGGUGCUGAGUUUUCUACACACAAACAAAUCUGAGGUAUGUACUUGAACCGGUGCUUGCAGAAACUUUCAAUGGCUCCGUGAUUAACUUGAAAACUCCGCGUUACAAUUCUCGCCGUCGCUGAAGCACCGACCGAAUGCGCAGGCGUCAGGGUUGCGGCUGGUCCCGAAUAUCACGCAUGCGCAGUACACAAAAGGCCUCGGAUCUCGCUGCCGGUGAGUGUUUCUCCGUGAGACCGUUUUCACUACCGACUGAGGGGCAAUUGCUGUGACUCCGGAAACUGUGACCAGCAAUCCCGGGAUAGUCCUGUUCUCUUCCCUCUCUCUGCCCCACGAUCCCUACACGGACCCCGGGGAGCUUCCGGCUGAUGAGGGAAUGGGAGCCGAUGGAUCUCUCAGACAGAGCUGAGCUCCAGCUGUCAAAAUGCAAGGAUCGGGAACUCGGAGAAAGGGAACAAAAUCUUUUACACCACCAGGUUAAAAAUGACAAGGAAUUUGUCUGCGGGAAUCUCGAGAACAACAUGCCAGUUUUGCAGUCCCUGUCCAGAUAUUUAAGAAUUGGAACAAGGGAUUCACUCGAUCAUCCUUCCUGCUCAGACUGUGGAAGGGAUUCACUCGAUCAUCUGACCGACUUGCAAGUCCGUCAUUUUACACAGAGGAGAGGCCAUUCAGCUGCUCAGACUGUAGGGGUGGAUUCACUCGGUCAUUUCAACUGAAGAUACAUCAGGUAGUUCACAUUGGACAAGGCCAUUCACCUGUUCUGUGUGUGAGAAGGGAUUCAGUCGGUCUUCCCACCUGUGGACACACCAGUCAGAUCUCACUGGGCAGAGGCUGGUCAUCUGCUGAAUUUGUGGGGAAGGAUUCACUCGGUCAUUUGACCUAAUGUCUCCCCAGCGAGUUCACACCAGGGAGCAGCAGUUCACCUGCUCGGACUGUGGGAAGGGAUUCAUUAAAUCAUAUCAACUGAAGGUACAUCAGCGAGUUCACACUGGAGAGAGGCCGUUCACCUGCUCAGACUGUGGGAAGGGAUUCACUCUAUCAUCCAGCCUACUAAUACACGAGCGAUUUCACACUGGGGACAGGGCGUUCACCUGCUCUGUCUGUGGGAAGGGAUUCCAUCGACCAGCCGACCUUCAUAGACACCACCAAUUUCACACAGGGGAGAAGCCGUUCGCCUGCCCAGAUUGUGGGAAAGGAUUCACUUUACUAUCUCACCUGCAGAGACACCAGUCAGUUCACACCAGGGAGAGGCCGUUCACCUGCGCAGUCUGUGGAAAGACAUUCACCCAGUCAUCCCACCUACAGAGACACCGGUCAGUUCACACAGGGGAGAGGCCGUUCACCUGCUCUGACUGUGGGAAGGGAUUCACUCAGACAGCUAGCCUACUGAGACACCAGCGAGUUCACACAGGGGAGAAGCUGUUCACCCGCUCAGAACGUGGGAAGGGAUUCACUCGGUCAUCUGAUCCGCUGGCACACCAGCGAGUUCACACUGGAGAGAGGCCAUUCACCUGCUCAGACUGUGGGAAGGGAUUCCCUUGCUCAUCUCAACUGAAGGUACAUCAGCGAGUUCACACUGGAGAGAGGCCAUUCACUUGCUCAGACUGUGGGAAGACCUUCACUCAAUCAUCCAACCUACAGAUGCACCAGCGAAUUCACACAGGGGAGAGGCCGUUCACCUGCUCUGACUGUGGGAAGGGAUUCAUUCAGGCAGCUAGCCUACCGAAACACCAGCGAGUUCACACUGGGGAGAAGCCAUUCACCUGCUCAGAAUGUGGGAAAGGAUUCACUCGGUCAUCUGAUCUGCUGGCACACCAGCGAGUUCACACUGGGGAGAGGCUGUUCACCCGCUCAGAACGUGGGAAGGGAUUCUCUCAGUCAUCUGAUCCGCUGGCACACCAGCGGGUUCACACUGGAGAGAGGCCAUUCACCUGCUCAGACUGUGGGAAGGGAUUCACUUGCUCAUCUCAACUGAAGGUACAUCAGCGAGUUCACACUGGGGAGAGGCCUUUCACUUGCUCAGACUGUGGGAAGACCUUCACUCAAUCAUCCAACCUACAGAUGCACCAGCGAAUUCACACUGGGGAGAAGCCAUUCACCUGCCCAGACUGCGGGAAGGGAUUCACUCAGGCAGCUAGCCUACUAAAACACCAGCGAAUUCACACUGGGUAGUGGCGGUUCACGUGCUCAGAUAUUAGGAAGAGGUUCUCUCAGCCAAAUAACCGAAUGUGCAUCAUUGAGUUCACACUGAGGAGAGGCCAUUCACCUGCUGUGAAUGUGGGAAGGGAUUCACUCAGUAAUCUAACCUUGUGACACACUACCGUGUUCACACUGGGGAGAAAGUUUCAAUAAGCUGCAUGCUGGAUAUUUGUCCAUCCGCGUUACUGAUGCAAUUUUGAGAGUGACUGUCAGUGCUGAACUCUGCAAUUAUUGCUGCUGCUCACCACACCCAGUUCUGCACCCUGGUCACUGGGGAGGGGAAGAGGUCCUUCUGCUGCACAUUCACAUUUAAUGGGACUGGAGUUUAAUAUUCUGGAUCUGAGACAAA